CACUAAUUAAACUUAUCCACUAACUCCCUCCGUCCCAUAAAAUCUUUCUCCUUUCUUUUUUUAUCCGUCCCACAAAACACUUCUCAUUUCUAUUAAAAAGUCACUUUUACCCUUUACUUUUUCAUACCCUAACUAUCACAUCAUACCUUUUUACUAAUAAUCUAUCCAUCAAAUCAUACUUUUACCCAUCACAUCAAAAGACAUUUUUGGAAAUUUAAUACCAAAAUACACUCUCCUUAAAUUCCUCCUAAAAAGCAAAAGUCCCAUGUUUCACGGGACGGAGGGAGUAUAACUUAUAGCCCGUAGUAUAACUGAACCCCGGCCUCCACACAUGCUCUCUCCUCUAUCUUGCAUGUUUCUUAAACUUGAACAUGGCUCCAAACACCAUGCCGCCGCCGGAGCACCCAGCUGGCCACCACAUCUACGCCAGAGUCCGCCUCGCGAAGGCAACCGAUGCACCUCUCCUUCACAAACUCAUGCAACAAAUGGCCUCGUACCAUGGAUACGCUAAGGUUUUCACGGCGACGGAAGCCUCCGUCGCCGCCAACCUCUGGGAGUCCAACCCCCGCCGGCCACCUUUCUUCUCCGCCACGGCGCUCGUUCUCGAGGUCUCACACCACCUGUUUCCCUCCGUCGUCUCCGUUAACUCAGUUGAAAAAAACCUCUCAAAUAAUGAGGGACAUUCUUCAACCGUUUUUGACCCGGUUCUCAGGACGGUCCGUCUCGAUUCGGCCAUUGAAGAUCGAGACUCGGGAACGUACGAGUCGCGGGUCGGUGGUGGUGUUGUUGCUGGUUAUGUUCUUUUCUAUCCGAGCUACUCCGGUUACUUCGAAAAGCCGGGCAUCUUCAUGGAGAAUUUUUUUGUGAGGGAGUGUUACAGGGGGAUUGGUCUGGGGAAAAUGAUGUUUGCCGCCGUGGCGGCAAAGGCGGCGGCGCUGGGGUUCUCCGCCGUGGAUUGGCUGGUGGUGGGGUGGAACGCGGAGGCGAUUGAGUUUUACGUGGGAAUGGGGGGCCAAAUCAUGCACGACGUAAAGCGGUUUAGGUUGUCCGGUGAGAGGCUUUCAGCCUAUGCUGCGGAGGAGGAGCAAAGUCCAUAGAUUGAUGAUUGUGGAAUGGAAGCUUUGAAAAUUUUAGAAUGAUAUUUAGGUCAAAUUAUAAAGUUUGAUCAUAAAUUAUAUACUUCUCCGAUCCUCUCUCAAAAUAAGAGAUUUCUUCAAUUUAAAAACGAAGUUAUUUUUAAAUCAUUAUAAAAAAAUUUAGUACAAAAAUAAUAUAACAAAAAAAUAAUAUUAAAAAAUUACAUAAAAAUCCUACAAAAAUAAGCGAUGACAAGAUUAUUUUAUUUUAUCAAUGAUUGAUGAAAAUGGAUAAAGAAAAUAGAGUUGAAUUG